CCGCCCCGCCCGCCAUUCGCGACAACACACCGCAAGAUGGCUGAUUCCUCCGUCACCGACCCCGCGCUAGCUGCUGAGCUAAAGAAGAAGAGAACGUUCCGCACGUUCUCGUACCGCGGCGUCGAGCUCGACAAGCUUCUGGAUUUGAGCAAUGAGGAGUUCGUUGAACUCGUACACGCCCGGGCACGCCGCCGGUUCCAGCGCGGCCUUAAGCGGCGUCCGAUGGGGCUCAUUAAGAAGUUGCGCAAGGCGAAGAAGGAGGCGCCUCCCAACGAGAAGCCCGCCGUGGUCAAGACCCACCUUCGCGACAUGAUCAUCGUCCCGGAGAUGAUUGGCUCUGUCAUUGGCAUCUACAACGGCAAGGUAUUCAACUCGGUCGAGAUCAAGCCGGAGAUGACGGGCCACUACCUUGCUGAGUUCUCGUGCUCAUACAAACCUGUUAAGCACGGUCGCCCAGGUAUUGGUGCAACACACUCAUCUCGAUUCAUCCCUCUCAAGUGAACGUGCGCUCUCUGUAUCUACAUUUUCUUACCAUGUGCACUACGAUCAAAAGUACCGC